AAUCAAAACAAAGAACUUGCAAUCUGUCAAAAUGUCGGUCAACGCUCAAGUACAUUUGACCAAAAAUGAAAACAUUAAAAUAAACGAUAAAACUCUUAAACCCCUAUUUUCCAAGCAAGCGGAGUGUUCAUAUGUGUCUUGUUAUUGCGAAGAAAAUGUAUGGAAAUUGUGUCAAGAUGUAUCACUAAGAAUACCGGAGGAGUUAGAUCGGUGCUUUGUGGUAUUUAUAUCCAACCCUUGCCGCACGGUGCCUCUCUGGAAACAAAGGGCUGGGCGCGAGGAAGAUCGUCUCGUCAUAUGGGACUAUCAUGUGAUAUUCUUGUACUCUUGGGACUGCAAGACUUGCCUUGUCUACGACCUGGACUCUGAAUUGCCUUUUCCAACAUUCUUUCAUAAAUAUGUCACUGAGACAUUUCGUACAGAUCAGGUGUUAAAAUCAGACUUUCACAGAUUCUUUCGUGUUGUGCCUGCAAAACAAUUCCUGCAACACUUUGCAUCUGAUCGUCGCCACAUGAAGAGACCUGAUGGUUCAUGGAUUAAGCCCCCACCUCCUUAUCCAGCCAUCUGCACCUCAGUGGCAACAAACAACCUAGAUGAGUACAUCAACAUGGAUAUUGGAUCAGGAUUGGGCCAGGUUUUGAGUCUGACAGAAUUUGUGAAACGGUUUUAUAAGAUAGAAAAGUAGUACAAAUAAGAAUCAGAUGUGGUGCUUGCCUGCCUGAGAAAAUCAGUAGCAAAAUUUUAUCAUAUGAAUACAUUUUGAAUGUAACUAUGAACAUUGUAAGAAAAUUACUACUCAGGCAGACAAAAUCAUUAGAUAGUCAAAUGGCGCAUUUGUUAAUUUAAAAUUUUCCAUGGCAGAGAUCAUGGUUUUAGUUGAUUAUGUUAUAAUAAUCUUUGUUAAUUAUUUUGUUGUUCCUGUGAUUAUUAUUUAAUUGUUUAUUAUUUCAAAAACAAUUUUUACCUAAACUCAUUCUAUAGCUUAUCAAUAUACUGAGCACAGUGAAUUUCAAUUUUGCCCACCUAUCACACAAAGAAGUGUCUUGCACAAGAAAACUAUGAAUAGCCACUAAUUUCAAAGCCACUUAUUGGUCAAAUUUCUAUGUACUAUGUUAAUUUGUCUUCGUUUUAACCUUUUAUUUACAUUCUAUUCAUUCAAUUUAAAAAUAGUGUAUAACAUAACACGCAUAGGAUUGUUGACCAAUGAAUAAUUCUCUAAUUAUUGAAUUGAAAUAUAACAUAAAUGUUAUCAAAUAUUUCUAUUCCUUCGAAGAUAAGCUGAUGUAUUUAGAUAGAACAAUUCUAAAAUAACUUAGUAGUUUUACAGAGAUGCUAGUGCUUUACAUCUCAAUUUUAUAAAAGCAUGUAAGUAAGGUUAGGGGAACCUGUGCUAACAUUGGUCAGCCCUCCAAAUUUCAAUCACCUAUAUAUGUACUCAACAGUAAUUUUGGUGGCUGAUAUCAGAAAGGUGGCUGAUGUUAGGGCAUGUUAGCUGACAAAAUAUUAUAUCAUAUGUCUGUAAAGUUAAUUGUUCGUCUGUUUCGUUGAAUUAUGAAGAGUAUAUUUUAUCUCUACCUCUUGUUCUCGUUUUGACUGAAAAAGUAAUCCUUAUUUACGGAUUGUAUGUUACCUUGAGUGAUAAAUUAAAGUUUAAGUAAUUUAUUAUAUGUAGUAGCGUUAAUAGUCAUGAAGUAGCUUUUGUAUGUUGUUAAAUCUAUUGAAUAAUUUUUGUAUCAACUUUUAUACACUCUUUUUAUCCUGCCCUAGCACCCUUAGCAGUUAAUAAGAGAAUAAUCUCAAAUAUUGCAUAGUGUAAGUUAAAAGUGAAACUGCUUAUUGUUAAAAAUAUUUGCAUAAGUGCAUCAGGAUAAGUGUUGUGUUAUGUUACAUAAAUUUGUCUAUUUUAUGAACACAUAUGUUUAAGCAUCGAGCGACAUGUCAUUGACAUCAGACUUUGCAAUUUGGCACUCUUGUACGUCGCAAUUCCCUUGCUCAUAAACUUUCGUCCUUUUAACCAUAUAUUAAAAAAAAAACUUCGAUCUGCCUGCCAUUGAUCAAUUCUAAAUCUUUUUGAGUCCAUAGGGCGGGAGAUAUAAAAAUAAAAUACUUUAUUACUUAUACGUAUUAUUACAUCUAAAUAACUCUUUUCAACUUGGGCAUAGGAAAAGCCCCUUCGUACUUGUAUAACACUUAAUAAACCUUAAGAUAUAAGCCUGUUAAAUAGUCAUCCUUGUUCUGAUAUGAAAGUGCUUGACGAUGAUACCUUUUACAUAACAACUUGUAACUUUUAGGGCACUUUUACCUAGGGCUAAUUUAAGCUAAGCUUAAGGUCAUAUGGUGUAGAGAAACAGUUUAAUAUUGCCCCAUCUAAUCUUAUAAUUAUAACAGAUUUACUGAACCAUCUUUACAGUAUGGGUAGGGUUGCCAUCCGUCCGGGUUUCCCCGGAUUUGUCCUAGUUUAGAGCCUUAGGCCGCCCGCGACACACGCACAACCUGUUUAAAAAAACCUGUUGAUAUGUCCAACCCAGGUUCUGGACUCUAAAAUCCGGGGGUUUCACGCAUCUUGUCCUGGUUUCCAAAUUUAAGAGAUGGCAACCCUAAGUAUGGGGAUUCCUAGUUCGUUUUCAUCAGAAACGUUUUAAAAAUCUAUGCAUGUUUGAAACUAGAUUCAGAAUUGAAAAUAGCUAACUAUGAGAACUGCUGUAAACGUGCCCUAUAACAUAACACACAAGGAAGUGUUUUCUGAUAAAUAAAGUUGUCAGGAAACUUCAAGUGUAGACAAGUGGCUAUGUAAUGGACCUUAGAUUUGAGAGAAGUGAAUAUUUUCGCAAAAGCCCCUCUAUAUAACUUCCAAUAUAAUAGUAAGAUAUUUAAAAUUAAAUAUAAGAAGUAUAGCACAAGUCUUUCAUUGUUGUACUUUUAAUAUAAUUAGACUUUGCAUUUAUUUAAAAUAUUUCUGCAGGGUUAACUAUCUGUGUUCAAGUUUUACUAGUUUAAGUAUAUAAGUAUUGGUCUUACCUUAUUAGAUGUGUUUCGAUUGUUGCAUUCUACAAUAUUUUCGGCCCUCGAUAUGCUUUUGUGGCUUAUUUGUAUACAAAAUGUACUCAAUUUUAUUACAAUUUACUGAUCUAAAAAUCUAUUAAUCUAGUCAUAAUUCCUCUUCUCUACUUUUAAGGAUAUAUUGUUAACACUUUAAAUAAGCACCUAUAUUAUGAAGGCGUAGCUGGUGUAAUAGUUGGGACCAAUCUGACGACUGUGGUGGAACCCGUUGUGUAGAGAAUCCAGUGCCGGGGGGUGUAACGUCCCACUGGUUACGCCUUUGACCUAUAAACAUUAACUAGAAACCAGUACAUUGUAAAGACUGUUUACCUCCGUACAACUUUGCCUUUCUUUAUAGGUUUUUUUUGUGAUAGUUAGCAACAAGCUGCCUGAUGGGAAGCGGUCAUCGUCGCCUAUGGACAUAAACGUUACAGGAGCCACUGAAGCGUUGCUGACUCUUGAGAACCCUAAAUACCCGCUUGAAGAAAUACCCCAGGAGGCAACUCAUUCCACAUUCUGGGAAGAAACUAGCGAGAUGCCCGCUUAUUAUUGGUGUGCUAUGUAUCUAAGCUUUGCUCCUUAGUUAUAGAUGUUGUCACUAUUCCGAUACUUUUUACUUGCGUCAAAAAUACGUUUAAAAAUUGUUUUUUUUUAUUAUAUAUUUUUGAGCACUGACUGUUAGCAAAAAGUUAUUCAUGGUUUUUAAAUUAAGGUCCUGUAUGAAAUUUAAAAACCAAUUUUCGCUAAAUACAAAAACGCUAACAACCACAACAACAGUUCGAAGGAACGCAGAAUUGUAUGAAAGUUGACAGUCUUAUAUUAACUUGUUUCUACAUUAACCCGCAAUUAUUGUUGUUAUGAAUUCAAUCGAUACCUUCCUUCUACGCCUUUAAAAUUUUAUCUAUUGACUGACUGAGUGAUAAUUAAAUUGUGCUUGUGCUUUUAAUGUACCAAGUUACAUGUUUUUAUUUUAAGAUUGCAAAAAAUAAAACACCACACGCUGA